UUUGUGUCUUUCUGUCACUGACAGGUCCAUUCCUGUUUUUCUUUUCCUGUCUCAUUCGCUUUGUGUUCGGGACUUCAUGAUGGCGGAGCGGGGCGGGAGCCGACCGGAAACCGGAAGAGCGUGUGAAGCGCAAAUUAAAGCUUUCACAAGCACAGUCAGUCAAUCAGAGAGUUCAACUCACUAGCUUUGGACCAGCACAGCAACAAGCCCUGUGACAAGAUAAGAAGAACGAAAGAUCAAGAACAGAAAGGAUCACCAAAAAAUUUGCUGAAUUUCACAGCAGACUGAGUGCAGAAAGGGCGAACAGUUUAGGACAGACACUGAUCAUAGACAGCACUCUGAUCAGCAGCAUCCUACUUCUUAUACAGACAUGACUGCCUGCGUCUUCAUUCGAGGAGGGAAAAUUGACAGAGAAUUGGCAGAUGAUGAAAUCGAAGAGCUGAGAGAGGCAUUUAAUGAGUUUGAUAAGGAUAAGGAUGGACUGAUUAGCUGUAAGGACCUGGGAAACCUCAUGAGAACGAUGGGUUAUAUGCCAACCGAGAUGGAACUGAUCGAGUUGAGCCAGAACAUCAAUAUGAAUUUGGGAGGAAGGGUAGACUUUGAAGACUUUGUGGAGUUGAUGGCCCCAAAGCUUUUGGCUGAAACAGCAGGCAUGAUUGGUGUGAAGGAACUCCGAGAUGCUUUCAAAGAGUUUGAUAUGGAUGGGGAUGGAGCGAUCACUACAGAGGAGUUAAGGUGUGCUAUGAGUAAACUACUGGGAGAGCAUAUGAACCAUAGAGAGAUUGACGCAGUAGUCAAAGAAGCGGACAACAACGGAGAUGGUACAGUAGACUUUGAGGAAUUUGUGAAGAUGUUGUCGAAUUGCUGAGAAUAUCACCCAUGGUUACCCUGUUGCAAAUGCAUGCAUGCUUGCACACAAGAACACAUAUGCACUAUAAACACACACAUAAAUGGAGUUCAAUACAAAAGUUUUUUGGAAAAUCUUAUUUAUCUAAUCAUGUCAAUCACAUUUCAGGGUAUGUAAAUAGCUGCUUACAUCACUCCUAUGACAAUUCUUCUGGGAUCCUCCGCCACCCCAACUCCACCUUUAUUUCUAUUCAUUUCUAUUAUAUGCAGUACAUAAUGAAAUAGUCCAGGGGGAAUUUGCAGCAUCAAGUCUCAUGCUCGAGCCUUUCAUUCCAAGCCAAAUAAGUUUAACUUCAUUUCAACUUAUAUUGUGAAAUAUAAAAAAAACAUUACAGGAAUAUUUUUUUUCACAAACAUGUUCAGCCUUUUAAUGCAAUGUUUUAUUGAUUUGAGGACAGGAUGUUGUAAAAUAUUUCUUUGAAAUUUGAUUUUGUAUUUUAAAUAAAUUGAGGCCCA